GAGUCCGGACGCCAGGAAGAGCAUAGUGUGCGCCACUCGAUGAAUGAAACUGAACGGCAAACUUCAUUCAUUCAUUCAACUUUCGGACGAAAUUAAACAGUGUUUAACGAGCAUUACAUGUUAGCUUGCUCUACCAGGUGUGCGUGUGCAUGUUUGAUGCUGUAGCUGGAAUUUCUUUGGCUUGAAAGUGUGUGCACCCGUCUGUGCGCGUGCAUACCUGACUCCAGCUGCAGCUGAGUGUGUUUAUGUGUGUGAAGAGCUCGUGUGUGCCAUGUCAGUAUCAGUGAUCAUAAAAUGGGGAGGUCAGGAGUACUCCAUCAGUUCUCUGUCUGAGGAGGACACAGUGAUGGACCUGAAACAGUCCAUUAAGACCUUGACUGGGGUGCUGCCAGAGAGACAGAAACUACUGGGACUCAAGGUCAAAGGUAAACCUGCAGAGGAUGAGGUGAAGCUGGGCUCUCUGAAGCUGAAGCCUAACACUAAGAUCAUGAUGAUGGGCACUAGAGAGGAGAGUCUGGAAGAGGUUUUAGCCCCUCCCCCAGAGAAUGAUGACGUGGUCAAUGAUUUUGACAUCGAGGAGGAGGUCAUUGAAGUGGAGAACAGAGAGGAGAACCUGGCUAAGAUUGCCCGCCGAGUGAAAGACUAUAAGGUGGAGGAGAUGAACCCUCCCAGAGAAGGCAAGAGGCUUCUGGUCCUGGAUGUGGACUACACACUGUUUGAUCACAAGUCGUGUGCAGAAACGGGUCAGGAGCUGAUGAGACCAUACCUUCAUGAGUUUCUGACAUCAGCCUACGAGGACUAUGACAUUGUCAUUUGGUCUGCUACAAGUAUGAAGUGGAUUGAUGCCAAAAUGAAAGAGCUGGGAGUGACAGACAACCCUAACUACAAGAUUACGUUCAUGUUGGACAGUGCAGCAAUGAUCACGGUACAUACCCCAAAGAGAGGGGUCGUGGAGGUGAAGCCGCUGGGUGUGAUAUGGGGGAAGUACGGAGAAUUUUACAACAGGAAGAACACCAUUAUGUUUGAUGACAUAGGACGAAACUUCCUCAUGAACCCACAGAAUGGACUAAAGAUCCGACCUUUCAUGAAGGCUCACCUUAACAGAGAGAAGGACAGGGAGCUGUAUAAACUGGCUCAGUACCUAAAAGAAAUCGCCAAACUUGAUGACUUCAGUGGACUCAACCACAAACACUGGGAGAGGUACCUAUCUAAGAGGCAGCAUCACUGAGGAGAGACGACAUCCUCUGCAAAAUCUGGGGCUGGACACUACCAUCCUAUCAUCCAGAUCUCUCUCUCUCUCACACACACAUACACACACACACACAAUUGGCUGUUACAAGGCCUUUAUUACAAACCUUACUACAAAUCCCACACUAACCCUGCAGCCACCAACAUUCAAAAGCUCAGGACUGAGAUGGGCUUCCCAAUUUACGUAUUUGCAUGUUUUUUCCCAAAUCUCGCACAUUGUUUUUUUGCAUUUAUUACAAUAAUAACAACAGUCACCACCCAUCUUUUAAUAAAAUACCCAUCUUUUAAUAAAAUGCUCCCAGGUUUGAGGCCACAUGCCACAAGCCACCUCGACCCACAAAUUUCAACAUACCUACUUCAGUCAGGCGUCUAAAAUACAUCUUGAAGUCUGAUGAACUAAUUUGCAACAUUCUGAAUCUGCUUGGUCUUCAUAUGGAUGGGGUUUACAGUAUUUUUACUUUAUAGGUAGUGUGAAGUUGCUUGUCUUCCACAAAAAGGCAGCACACUUUGCUCUGACUAUCAAGCCUUUCUGCAAUACCAAGCAAGUGAAAAUAGAUACAAAUAUAAUAACUAUGGUAAAGGUCAAUAUGUGGUGUCCCCCACCCCUGUACAAAGUUGAGAUGUUACAUAUUGCAAAUUCUGAAGACUGAGACUAACCAUCGAAAAGCCGAAACACUUAAAUUUACAUGUAUGAGAAAGACAUAAUUACAAUGGUUAAAGGUGAAAUUCAACAGGAAUUAAUAUGUUUUACUGAAGUGACAAAUUGGAGUAAUAAAAUGUGUCCUUAAGCAUCAGACUGAUGCCUGCAACAUACACAAUUUGACAUAAUAAUAUAGUAAGAAAUAAUAUGCAAUAAUCCUCAGAGCUACUGUGACACUAACAGCCGCAGAGAUUGAGACAGGUUGUAGCAAAAAUACUUUAAUCAAAACAGUCGACUGUCGUGCGUGUUUUGGGGAACUUCCUGUAUGCAGGGGUUACUGGACACAGGCCUGCGGGCUGGAGGAUGUCGUCCAUGUACUGUACACACAGACAGUUAGUUUUCCAUGGGUGGAUGGGUGUGUGUGCAUAUUUUGCCCAGAAAUGUAUUGAUGUUUUUCUGUUCCAGCUUUGUUACAUUGCUGGACGCACACACUCAGUUACAUGCAAAGGAUCGGUACUGUAUUUUGGGAUACAGAAUUCUUUAGUACAUGUUUUGUUUAGAGUUGUUUAGGGAAAUCUAAAUGUUUAUGAACAAAGUUGGGAUGAGGGAUGGUGAUAGGUGCAAGAAACUGACAGCACAAUACGUGCAUUGUCAGUUUUUGUUUUGUUUGUUUUUUUGUUUUUUGGUAGCUGCUCCAUUAAUGAAACUAUGUCUGCACUUAUUGUCAGCGUUGAUUUUAAGUUAUGGAUGAAGAAGGGGAAGUGUCGGGGGAAGGGGUGUCCUACCAUAUGAACAAGUAGCACCUGGAGCUUUUGGAAACAUCAGGGAUGUGAUUUUUUUUUUCCAGAAUUUGUCAGGUUUACAGCUCCCUCGGACAUUCAACUCCUUUUCAUUUCUUGAGAUAAUUACUUGAGAUCUGCCUUUUUGUGUUUUCCUAAUCACGUCCCUGACAUCCUGGCUGUAAAUAUGACAAUAAACCUUCUUUUGUACCUAAA